AUGUACACCUGUACACCCGUAGAGGGCAGCUGCACACCAGAAGAUCUCAUUCUCGAGGCCACACUUCUGCGGCUCAGUGUCCUCACCAGAGAACUUGUGUCGACCCCAAGCACAGAGGCUGGCAAGAAAUCAAAUACCAUACCGUUGACAUUUCCAAAGUGUGAGCGAGAGGACAAGUGCUGCCAGCUCAAAACAGAAAGGGUUGCUCGGGUGAGAAUCCCAAGUGGUCAGCGCAAGGAGCUGCACCAACUGGUCAGUGUAGGGCUGCUUCUGCUGUGGGGCUCAGCCACCUGGGCAGCCCGCCAGGGCGGCGGGCCAAAAUCUGGAGGUGCCGGGGGCCAAAGUUCCCGUUGGGUGCCUUGGUCACCCGCUGCCCCGGGCGGGCCAGUGAAUGACAGGAGUCAUGUUUUGGUGGAGGAGGGUCGGGGCUGCAUAGGGCAGGGUCAGGACUCUGGCGGAGCAUCCCUGGAAGAACAUGCCAGCUGCCUGUUUGGCCUUCCGGAAAGCAGGCUUCUCACACUUGUGGACAACAAUCUGCUGAAGAAGACAACUCUAAGAAAGCAAUUCGAAGCAACAUCCCUUCCAGGAAGAUGGGGGGGUCGCUCUGCUGAGAAGGCCAAUUCUGGUUCUGUGCGGAAGACAAGCAAGAGCAAGCAGAAGACUCCUGGCAAUGGAGAUGAUGGCAGCAGCAGCAAAAUGCCCCAGCCCCCACGGAAGAAAAGGGCACGAGCUGUUGCCACUGUGGAGAGUGAGGAGGCGUUGAAGAAGAGAGUGGAUGUGGAAGUGGAAGUGAAGAUUCCUGAAGAAUUAAAACCAUGGCUGGUGGAGGACUGGGACUUGGUCACUAGGCAGAAGCAGUUGUUCCAACUCCCUGCUAAAGAGAAUGUAGAUGCCAUUCUUGAGGAGUAUGCCAAUUGUACGAAGUCACACGGAAGGGCUGAUAAUAAGGAGUAUGCAGUUGAUGAAGUUGUGGGGGGGAUAAAAAAGUAUUUCAAUGUGAUGCUGGGCACUCAGCUGCUCUACGAGUUUGAAAGGCCCCAGUAUGCUGAUAUCCUGCUGGCUCACCCUGAUGUGCCAGUGUCACACAUCUAUGGGGCACCACACCUACUGAGAUUAUUUGUGAGAAUCGGCGCAAUGUUGGCCUAUAAGCCCCUUGGUGAGAAGAGGGCAGUGUUGGCCAAUACACCCUUCGAUGAGCAUAGCCUUCCAUUACUGCUGGGCUAUUUGCAUGAUUUCCUUAAGUAUCUGGCAAAGAAUUCUGCUUCGCUGUUUACUGCCAGUGAUUACAAAGUGGCUUCUGCUGAGUAUCACCUCAAAGCCCUGUGA